GCUGCUUGCGGAACACACGGAGCAGCUCUCUCCAGUCGAAGCUGUACAUACAGCAGUCGCCGCCGCAACGAAUGGAGGCGAACGGGUGGCAGAGACAUCACUAAGGAAUUGUUUCCCUAUCCAAAUAUCUUUCCCUCAGAUGUGAGGAGGAUUUCCAGCGGGUUGAAGAAACGCCACACUAUUUUCUAAAAGUCGAUUUGCUUCCCAUUUUUUCCCCACUCGGAACAGAUCGAUUGCCUGUCAUUUAAAAAAAAAAAAAAAAAAAAAGGGCGUGUGUGCGGGGUGAAAGCAGUUUUAACCAUUUAAUGUGGGUAUAUAUGGUAUUUUAGCUAAUUUUUUUUUACACCAUCUGGGUCUGAAGGACAGAGUCGAGGAUGGGAUGCACACUGAGCACAGAGGACAAGGCGGCGGUGGAGCGCAGUAAAAUGAUCGACAGGAAUCUGAGGGACGACGGGGAGAAGGCAGCCAGGGAGGUCAAGCUGCUGCUGCUCGGCGCUGGUGAAUCAGGGAAAAGUACAAUUGUCAAGCAGAUGAAGAUCAUCCACGAGGCAGGCUACUCAGAAGAGGAAUGUAAGCAGUACAAGGCUGUGGUCUACAGCAACACCAUCCAGUCCAUCAUUGCCAUCAUCAGAGCCAUGGGGCGCCUCAAGAUCGACUUCGGCGAUGCCGCAAGAGCUGAUGAUGCACGGCAGCUGUUUGUGCUGGCGGGCUCGGCAGAGGAAGGCUUCAUGACGGGAGAGCUGGCCGGUGUCAUUAAGCGGCUGUGGAAGGACGGAGGUGUUCAUGCCUGCUUCAGCCGCUCGCGCGAAUAUCAGCUCAAUGACUCGGCAGCAUACUACUUGAACGAUUUGGACAGGAUAUCCCAGGCCACCUACAUCCCAACUCAGCAGGAUGUCCUGAGGACCCGAGUCAAAACCACAGGCAUUGUGGAGACGCACUUCACAUUCAAGGACCUUCACUUCAAAAUGUUUGAUGUUGGCGGUCAGCGGUCUGAGAGGAAGAAGUGGAUCCAUUGCUUUGAAGGCGUGACCGCCAUCAUCUUCUGCGUGGCCCUCAGUGACUAUGACCUGGUGCUGGCUGAGGACGAGGAGAUGAACCGGAUGCACGAGAGUAUGAAGCUGUUCGACAGCAUCUGCAACAACAAGUGGUUCACAGACACCUCCAUCAUCCUCUUCCUCAACAAGAAGGACCUGUUUGAGGAGAAGAUAAAGAAGAGUCCUCUAACCAUCUGCUACCCAGAAUACGCAGGCUCCAACACGUACGAGGAAGCAGCUGCUUACAUUCAAUGUCAGUUUGAGGACCUGAACAAGAGGAAGGACACCAAGGAGAUUUACACCCACUUCACCUGCGCCACAGACACCAAGAAUGUGCAGUUUGUCUUUGACGCUGUCACCGACGUCAUCAUCAAGAACAACCUGAAAGACUGUGGUCUCUUCUGAGGAUAGUGACGACGAAGAUAACCUUUUUUUUUUUUCUUGGCAGUGGAGCCAGUUUAUUGUGCAUCUUUGGUGGGGAAGAUGAGAAGAGCCGGGAGGAUCAGUCACGGACCAGUGCUGUACUAUACGCCACUUUUAACAGCUUUAUUUAUGUUUUUGUCUUGGAACAUUUUUGAACUAGUGUUGCGACAUUUGUGUAGGAUGUUUGUAUCAUUGUAAAAGUGUCACCGCAAAAAAAAAAAAUCUGCACACUUGUAAAAAAAAAAAAAGAAUAAAAAUUACUUUCUAUUUAGUUUUUAAUUUUUCAGGAGAUCACUUGUUUUGCUGUUCUUUCUGCCGCUGUCUCUGGAAAAGGAAUCUUUGCUGUUGGUGGAAAUGCUUCUUUUCUUCCUUCCCUUCAACCCAAAGGGAAGAAAAGGGGCACAACUUUGAGUCCAGUUUGUUGGUACUUGUGCCUUCGCAUGCCUUUUUGCUGCGGCCGUAGUCCCAAUGCUUGUUCUGUUGCCUGCUGAAUUGUUCUAAACAUAAAGAGGUAAACUGUUUUCAUAUGUUAGUGUCCCUGCUAUCGUCUACGUGCACACCACUGAGCUGUCGGGAAGAGGAAGGUUUCCCUCUGGUCUAAAGGUACAUGGGUCUCCAUGGUGACUAACAUGUAGCCUCCACAGUCCCCGUCCCCCCACCAGCCAUGACAAUGGAAGGCCUCGCCGGCCGAUCACGCAGUACAAUACUGAGAUGUAUAUUGUUACAUUUGCCCCGCAGAUCUGGGGUUCUGGUUUUUAAACUGUAUAAAAUAUCCAUUCUUCCCAACCAUUCGGAAAAUGGUUAGUCGAGGCUUUGAGCUUAUAAUACGCUCAAGUCAAGACCAGGGUAGGCACAUUUUAAUGUAUAUUUUAAUGUAUUACGAGGAGAGACAAACCAGACCACAGAAAAGAUGGUUGUAAAGGUGAGGAUGAGGUCUGAAAUGUUUUAAGGUUCAGACGUCAUUCCCGAGUCCUGUCUAGCGGUGAUUUGAGAGUAAGAGGCGCUAUUCGAGGAUCCAUGAAGCCUUUCAUUUAGGUGAUGGAAACUGAGAUGGUCAAGGGAGCCUGGUCUGUGAUUUUAGAUCAGUACUACUUUGCCAAGAAGAGUAAUACAUAUAGUCCUGGAUCUGUUCAUAUAAAGAAACUGCCACAACUGUCAAUGUAUGUGUAUGUUCUCCAUGGAUGGAGAAUCUUUGUAGACUCAUCUCCCUUAUUUUGCUAAUAAAAACCAUUUACAAACCA